AUGAUUACCGAGAUUGUGAUGGAUCUUAUUCAUCUUUAUCUACAAACGAGAAUGCUUGUUUAUGGUCGGGGGUCAGAUGUGGCUGUUAUCCUCGUACAACUUCCCAUGGUGGUCCAGGAGUACGAACGAGCGGUCAUCUUCCGCCUCGGUCGACUCCUGAAAGGUGGCGCCAAGGGCCCCGGUAUAUUCUUCGUCGUCCCUUGCAUCGACUCCUACAGGAAAGUCGACCUUCGUACUGUCUCCUUCGACGUCCCGCCACAAGAGAUUCUGUCUCGAGACUCUGUGACCGUGUCGGUGGAUGCCGUUGUUUACUACCGUGUGUCGGACCCAAUUAUGGCAGAAACUAACGUAGAGGAUUACAGCCACUCCACCCGCCUGCUAGCAGCGACCACCCUACGGAAUGUAUUGGGAACCAAGAACCUGGCGGAGAUCCUCAGCGAGAGGGAGAGUAUCUCUCACAACAUGCAGAGCUCCCUAGAUGAGGCCACCGACCCCUGGGGCGUCAAAGUCGAGCGAGUCGAAAUCAAGGAUGUCCGUCUACCAGUUCAACUGCAGCGUGCCAUGGCAGCAGAAGCCGAGGCUGCGCGAGAAGCCAGAGCCAAGGUGAUUGCUGCUGAAGGUGAACAGCGUGCCUCCAGAGCCCUCAAAGAAGCAGCAGAGGUCAUCACAGAGUCUCCAGCUGCCCUCCAGCUUCGUUACUUGCAAACCCUCAGCACCAUCUCGGCAGAAAAGAACUCUACAAUCAUCUUCCCAGUUCCCAUUGACAUUAUCAACAACUAUGUGACCAAGAAAUAGUUCCAUAACUGUAUAUGCUCUUAUGAUUGUAGGAAUUACAGUAGAUGACAUUGACUUCCAAGGACUUUAGACUUCUGAAGACACUGACAGUCAAAGAUGCAAUUUAUCUCAAAUAUUAUCUAAAUGGAAUAAUUUUGCCUUAAUUCAUCAACCAGCAACAAUAUAACUUCUAUGUGAAAUCUUUUAAUACUGUAAUAAUAUUUUGAAUCUUAGUGUAUAUAUUUAGAUUUUUUUUAUUAGCUAGUUAUUGACACAUUUCUUGCUUAUGGAAGUGUUUGAAUAGAUAAGAUGAUUUGCAGUAUAAAAGUAUGUAACUUCCCUUUCUAAAAUGGGAAUAAUUCAUUAGCUGAUUAGGACAAAUUAUUUUACUAUGUUACAUUGAUAAGAUAUUUAACUUUAUAUAUAAUUGCUUCCAAAAGUAAAGACAAAUUUUUAAAUAAUAUUGGUCUUGAAAGUCAAAAUGUAAUCAGAACCCAUUCUGUUUGCAUUUUGCAUGGGUGAAAUGAAAAAAAUGCAAGAGACAUUCUUGCAAUUGAAGUA